UGGGAGGGGAAUGGCGUACGUGAUCGAAGCGACCGAACUCGGCCGCGCCAGUUUGUGCCCAACAACUGUGGGCAUCGUGACGGGAGCGACGGCGGCAGGCAGGCAGCCAGCAGAGCAGCGAGCGGUUGGGUCGUAGUAGCAGAAGAGUUCAGAGCUUUUGUGCUGAGCUGCUCUAAUAUUGGGCCGUCCACCUAUAAAGGCUGUCAGCAGCACCUUGACGACACACUUCCCGACAGGCAGCAGCAGACGCACAACGACUCGAGGAUUUAUUUAAUAGAGAGCGGAAACGUUUGUCAACAAAGCCAUCCAUCAAAUAGUCUAUAGCAUCACCACCACCAGCAGACGAAGCUUAGACAUUCGAUUUAAAAAAAACACAAUAAGAAACAACAAUUUUUGAAGAGACUGGGAGAGAUAGACAGCAGAGAGCGGAGAUAAUAUGGAGUGGCUGAUAGACAUCUGCCAGUGCGUGGUUCGUGAUUUGGACAAGUACGGCAUUUGCGUCGUCGAUAAUUUCAUGGGCAAAGAGCGGGCCGAGUCCAUCCAUCGCUCCGUCGUCUCCAUGUACCACUCGGGCGUCUUUGUCGAGGGCGAGACAGUCGGUCUCAAAUCGUCUACUAGCACAGCAGCAGCGUCAACCGGCGACGGCGAGACGGCGAGGAACGUGCGCAGCGAUAAGAUCACCUGGGUCGACGGGUCGGAGAACAAUUGCGCCCACAUCGCCUUCCUCAUAGCCGCCGUCGACACCAUCAUCAUGAAUUUCAUGCGGUUCAAAAAGGGCGCCCAGUUGGGCAGCCAACUCAACAUUGGCGGAAGAACAAAGGCGAUGAUAUCGUGUUAUCCCGGCAACGGUUCACACUACGUGAAACAUGUGGACAACCCCAACCAAGACGGCCGCUGCAUAACAACGACCUAUUACGUCAACAAGGACUGGGACGCCAAGGAAACUGGUGGUCUGCUGAGGAUUUUCCCACAGACGUGGUCCAACAAAGUGGUGGACAUUGAGCCCAUCCUCGACCGGAUGGUAUUCUUCUGGUCAGAUCGGCGCAACCCCCACGAAGUCCAGCCCUCUUUCCGCACCCGCUACGCCAUCACCAUCUGGUACUUUGACGCCAAGGAGAGGGAAGAGGCUAAAUUGCGCAAUAGCCAGGCGUUGAUUAAAAGUCAUUGAUUUGGAAUUUUAUAUUCGAUCGUCAUCACUCUAGAUAUACAUAUGUCUUCUUAUAACUUCGUCAAAACAACCCCAAAAGUUAAACACCCCCUCAAAAGCUCCGAGCUGAUGAUAUAUAUUUAAUUGGCUCCGAUCGGUGCUGGGCGCUCUCAUUUGUCAUUAUUCAGGAUUGAUUCUUUUAUUCUUACGUAUAUAAUAUGUAUCUGAUUUCGCGUGUAUAUAUUAUAGAUCUAUUCUAUAAAAAAAAGGUCGAAAAUAUGAUGUGCUUUUUGCUGAAUGUUGUAAUAAUAAUGUUGUAAUAUUUGCCAUUCGCAUCAUGAAAUUGUUUAUAUCUUUUUUGUAUAUUUGCGCCAACCUGCGAAUGCAAAUAAUCGAAUGAUGAGACGUUUCAAACAAAAAAAACUAUUCGCCGCGAAAAUGUCAUCCAGUUUCUGUAAUAAACGCUAACAAACUUGA